CAAACACUGGUCACAACCCGAAAAAGCAUUUUACAAAUUGUUAAUAUAUUUAGUGUUGCUUAUUUACAAAAAAUAAAUAGCGUUGGCUUAGCUUUCUUCAAUGGAUCCCAAUUUGCGCAAUUUGAAAGAUUUUCUUACAUUAUACAACAAAGUGACGGAGCUGUGUUUUGGCCGAUGUGUUGAUAAUCUUAGCCAACGCGAGCUUUUUGAGCAGGAGGAAACUUGCGUGGACAGAUGUGUAACAAAAUUUGCGCGCUUCAAUCAAAACAUGAUGAAAGUUUAUGUUGAUGUGCAAACAAAAAUUAAUGCCAAGCGUAUGGAGGAGGCUGAAGACGCCGCUAAGAAGUUGGAGCAACAACAGCAAGAGGAACGCAUUAAAGAAUCAUUAAAGCAAAAAGAAGUGACUAGCGCCACUGCCUCAGUGCUAACCCCUGCUGACAAUACCUCCGGCAAUCUGACCAUGUAGCAGCAGUCUGCGG